AUGGUCGUCUUCGCCCUUUUGAUCAUCAACAAAGCCGGCGGCCUAGUCUACCACCGCACCUUCGCCCCAGGUCUCCAGAAGAUCGACUCAAACGACUACUUGAUCCUAGCCGGCACAUUUCACGGCGUGCACGCCAUCAGUCGAAGCAUCAACCCGGUACCUCCUCUCCCUCAACCGCCGGGCAACCGCAAACCUCAGACCACGGGCAUCGAAAGUCUGGAGAGCAGCCACUUCCGAUUGACGUGUUUCCAAACGCCGACGGGCGUGAAGUUCCUACUGAUCACAAGUCCGGAACAGCCAAAUACGGAAUUGGUCGUGCGGAGGUGCUAUGAGAUUUAUGGCGACUUCGUGAUGAAGAAUCCGUUCUAUAAUCUGGAGAUGCCAAUUCGGGUGGAGAAGUUUGAUCGUGCGCUGGGGUCGUAUCUGGUCAGACCGUCGUGAAGAAUGGCGAUGUUCUGAUGUUUUCAACAUGGAGAAGUGACGCGAUGACUGGAGUUGCCCGCCACGAGCUGGCUUAUCAUGGACGGAUGCACUCCCGUUCUUACCGCGUCGAUACGUACAGUUCGAGGUCGUGCGAAAGCCUCGACUUGUUCGAGAAGAGCAGCGCAGAGGCACAGUGUGCGCCGCUAGAUUUGCGUCUGGCCGGCAUGGUACUCCGCAAAGUCUUUGGUAGUCAGAAUUCAGGACUGCGUCUCGAGGAAGAAAUUGCUAAAAGCGGGCAUGGAGGCAGUGGGCACUGGGAGACGCUGGACUGCGCGAGCUGGAGCAGCAUCCUUCGCUCUCAGGCGUCUCACGAUAU